AUGCACCUGGAGCUGAGCCUGAAGAACCUCCGCAUUAGUGUUCUUGGUUCUGUUGCAAUUAUGACUGAAACUGAGAUUUUGUCCCUGCCUACCGACACCGUUUCGCGCGUCGCGUUCGCACCCAACUCCAAGUUACUCGGGAUUUCAUCAUGGGACAAAACGGUUCGUGUCGUUGAUGUAGCUUCUAAUACAGUCAAGGCGAAGUACUUCCACUCGGAGCCAGUGCUGGAUUGCAUUUUUGAAAGUAAUUCAAAAAUGUACAGUGGUGGGUUGGACAAGACGCUGAAGGGAUUCGAUGUUCACACUACGAAUGAGCAAGUUUUGGGCACUCAUGCCGACGCCAUUAAGUGCAUCGAUUACGCUGAAGAAUUGGGCAUGAUUGUCACUGGAAGCUGGGAUACAUUUGUGAAGGUGUGGGACCCUAGACAGCGAACUCCGCCGAUUAGUGUGCCACAAACCGAAAAAGUGUAUGCGUUGUCGGUUUCGAAACACAACCUGGUUGUGGCAGCAGCCAACCGAAAAGUUAUGAUCUGGGAUUUGAGAAAUACGCAAUACCCGCAGCAGAAGCGCGAGUCAAACCUGAAAUAUCAAACACGGUCUGUUAAAUGCUCACCUGAUGGACAAGGAUUCGUUUUAUCGUCAAUUGAAGGUCGUGUUUCGGUGGAAUACCUUGACCACAGCUUGGAAGCUCAGAGGAAGAAAUACGCUUUCAAGUGUCAUCGGCUAAAGGAGGGAGCAAUCGAAAAUAUCUAUCCUAUAAAUGCCAUCGACUUCCAUCGAAUUUAUGGAACUUUCGCAACUGGAGGAAGUGACGGGUUUGUCAAUAUUUGGGACGGUGUCAAUAAGAAACGAUUGAAUCAAUUUCCCCGGUAUCCAACCGGCGUUACCUCUUUAGCAUUCUCUCCUGAUGAUACGAAUGCCGUUCAUCCGUGCGAAAUGUUGGUUGAUUUGACGUUACAGUUUAUGGGAGGAGCUGAACUUCUACUAGACGGCGUUAAGGAAACGAAAGUGAAUAUUUCUAGCGAAUCGGAUUUAACGGUGAAAGAGUUGAUACAUUGGGUGAAAGACAACCUUUUGAAAUCGCGACCGGAACUCUUCGUCCAGGACGGAUCUGUGCGACCUGGGAUCCUGGUGCUCGUCAACGACGUGGACUGGGAACUGCUCGGAGGGUUGGGAGCUGUGUUGAAAUCCGGUGACACUGUUGGUGGAAUUUCGUCGAGCAUCCCCAAUGGUUCGAAAGGAUUCCUUUGCACGUGUUCGGGGUUUGAGAAGGAAGCAGUGCGGGAAUUGUACGGACAUCUGAAGACGUUAUGCGAAGUGGAAGAAAAUUACGACGACAUCGAAGCGGAACUGGAAGCCCUUCGGGAAGGAGAGGGCAAAAAAUUUAAGCAGUGUAAAGUGAGCGCUAAAGGAGUGAUUUUUGUGCGGCUCAAGGAUAAGGUCAAAUCUCCGGAUAUAAUUCUGCUGGAACUAAUGUCCGAAUUCGAUGCACGAAAGCCGGACGACAAACGGAGUGCGUUGAGCAAGAUUGUUCCUGUUAUGUCGACUUCCAAAGCCCAUGAAGUCAGCUUGGUGAAAGGGAUUAACGAUUUGAUUGCCGAGGUUUUCCCGAAGCUUCAGGAAGAUUCGAAGACUUACUCUGUAGAAGUCAACAAGCGAAAUAACUUCGAGGAGAUCAAGGUGGUGGGAAAAGUGAUGCAGUUCGUCCGAGAAAAGUUUCCCUCGUUCCGCACUGAACCGAAAAAUCCGAGCGUGAUGAUCACCGUUGAAAUCGUAGCAGCGCAAGCUUUCAUUUCGAUUGUGGAAAAUUUCGUACGGUUCAGGAAAUUUCGUUUGAUCGACGUCGACAAUAAAAAGUGAGCGAUUAUUUUCAACA